AUGGUGAAAUCCUUAAAAUGUAUUAUUAUAAAAAAAAUAAGAAAUGAAUUAUAAGUGACUUAUUGUGGAUUUUAAAAAAAUGGUAUCAAAGUUGGAAAUUGCCAUAUUUUAUUUGAAAAUAAAUUGAAGUAAAAUUAUAUUAACUAUCUAGUUCAAUUAUUUUAUUAGUGGUGGUGGAAUGA